CACGUUAAUUUUCAACAUCGAACGACCCCGCUCUCCAUCCUAAAGCCAGCGUCUACACCAUGACAGCCAAUCCUUGGCUCACCUCAACUGCCCACAGUGAGCUCGUCUCGGUCGGUACUCAUAGACUUCAUCUCCAGGCUUCGGGCCCAGCUCGAAAUCCAGGCCACAUCGUCACAAUCAUAAUCCAAGGCCUUUCUGCCACCAUAUCAUCAUGGGCCGCGGUCACUCGUCUCCUCUCUCCUCACAUACGAACAUUCACUUAUUCCCGAUCCGGCUUUCAUCCUAGUGAACCUUCCCCUCUGCCCCCAACAGCAGAGAACAUUGCGCUAGAACUCGAUUUGCUCCUCCAGUCUGCAGGUAUCGAUCCGCCAUAUGUGUUAGUAGCGCACUCCUGGGGCGGCAUUCUGGCCCGAGAAUUCAUCGCAAGGAAAAAAGAGGGAGAUCUUGCAGGUGUGGUUUUCGUGGAAGCCAAUCAAGAACGUACACUCGAUGCGUUAGACUGGAGGCCUUUCUUUUUGUGGUGUGUUGUUGGGAAGGUUGAGUUUUUGAAAGUAUCGGACCUGGAGAAGAGGAGAAAGUUGGAUGAUGAAGAAUGGGAGAGGCAUCUGAGGGACAUGAGAGAUGAAGGAAAUAGAAUCCAGGGAGAAAAAGAGUGGAAUGAGUAUGAAAAGAGUUUUGAGUCGUUGACAGAGAAGAAAGGGUCAAGUGUCGACAUGCUGAGACAUAUUCCAGUGUCCGUUGUCAAAGGAGAAAAUGGCCGAGGAUUGAGGAUGUUGUAUGAUGCUCUCAUUGAAAGAGGGCAUGGUACUGAAGAGGACAGGGAGAAAUUCAAAGGGUUCUUGGAGACAUUUGAUGAGAAGGACGUCGAGCUGCAGUCCGAAAUCGGAAAGCUUUCGAGUAAGGGUCGAUACGUGGAGGCGAGGAAGAGUGGACACGACGUCCAGCUGACAGAACCUGAGGUGAUCGUCGAGGAAGUUAAAUGGGUAGUAGCUCAAUUUGUUGAAGGAAUAGAUUGAUACUUCAACUCGAUUGAGAGCCCUGCGUAAGCUGUGCAGUUGCAUCUUUCCCAUGAAGAACAUCUGUCUGAAUCUUAAGCAAGGUCCUUAAUCUGGACAAUAGAGGACAAUAUUGAUUAGUAUCAAGGCUAGUGCCUCAUCACAGAUUGGGUACUCGAACAAUUCUCAAGUCGGGUUCUAGUCAUGGACAAUGGGCUUUUCUGUAGCACAACUAAGUUUUGCUGUUAGAACGAGU